ACAUGAGCCGACAAUUUAGUUCCCGUUCUGGCUAUCGGUGUGGUGGUGGUGGUGGUGGUGGCUUCAGCUCCGGCUCUGCUGGGGUGUCCUGCAGCCGCAGGGUGACCAGCAGCUCCACCAUCCGCAGGAGUGGAGGAGGUGGGGGUAGAUUUUCAGGUGGAAGCUAUAGAGCUGGUGGGGGUGGUUUUGGCAGCCAAAGUCUGGUUAACUUGGGUGGCUCUAAGAGCAUCUGUCAGAGUGUGGCUGGUGGAAGUUAUGGAAGAGGUGGCUUUGGUGGUGGCAGCAGCUAUGGUGGGGGUGGAUUUGGUGGUGGCGGCUAUGGUGGGGGUGGUUUUGGUGGUGGCAGCUAUGGCGGCCGUGGUUUUGGUGGUGGCGGCGGCUUUGGUGGUGGUGGCUUUGGCGGUGGUGGCUUAGGUGGGGGCUUUGGAGGUCCGGGGGGUGGUGGUUUUGGGGGAGGAGGCUUUGGGCCUGUCUGUCCCCCUGGAGGCAUCCAGGAGGUGACCAUCAACCAGGGUCUCCUGCAGCCACUCAAUGUGGAGAUUGACCCUGAGAUCCAAAAAGUGAAGACCAGAGAGAGGGAACAGAUCAAGGACCUCAACAACAAAUUUGCCACCUUCAUUGACAAAGUGCGGUUCCUGGAGCAGCAGAACCAGGUGUUGCAGACCAAAUGGGAGCUGCUGCAGCAGGUGGACACUUCAACUCGGAGCAACAACCUGGAGCCCCUGUUUGAGUCCUAUGUGAGUGCACUUAGGGCAAAGCUGGAUCAACUGAAAAGUGAACGUUCACGGAUGGAAUCAGAAUUGAAAAAUAUGCAAGACAUGGUGGAGGACUUCAAAGGAAAAUAUGAAGAUGAAAUCAACAAACGUACAGAUGCAGAAAAUGAAUUUGUGACCAUCAAGAAAGAUGUAGACAAUGCAUAUAUGGGCAAGGUUGACCUUCAAGGCAAGGUGGAUCUUUUGACAGAUGAAAUCAACUUCUACAAGUUCAUGUUUGACACAGAACUAUCCCAGAUGCAGACUCAAAUCAGCAACACCAAUGUCACCCUCUCCAUGGACAACAACAGGAGCCUGGAUCUGAGUAGCAUCAUUGAUGAGAUCAAGGGACACUAUGAUGAGGUUGCCCAGAGGAGCAAGGCUGAGGCUGAGUCCAUGUACCAGCACAAAUAUGAAGAGCUCCAGAUCACUGCUGGGAAACAUGGAGAUCAACUGAAAAACACAAAAACGGAGAUUUCUGAGAUGAACCGAAUGAUUCAGAGACUCAAAUCUGAAAUUGAUUCAGUGAAGAAGCAGAUUGCCCAUCUCCAGCAAAGCAUUGCUGAUGCAGAGCAGCGUGGGGAGAAUGCCCUGAAAGAUGCCCAGGGCAAACUCGCAGACCUGGAGGAUGCACUGCAGAAGGCCAAGGAGGACAUGACCCGGCUGCUGAGAGACUACCAGGAGCUCUAUAAUGUCAAGCUGACCUUGGAUGCUGAGAUUGCCACCUAUAGGAAGUUGCUGGAGGGAGAGGAGAGCAGGGUGUCUGGGGAGUGUGUUCCCAACGUGAGCGUGUCUGUGAGCACGAGCCACGUGUCUGUGUCUGGUGGUGGAGGAGGAAGGUAUGGAGGUGGCGGUAGCUACGGUUCUGGAGGCGGCGGCGGCGGCGGCGGCGGCUACGGCUCCAGCUCUGGAGGAGGCAGAUAUGGCUCCAGUGGUGGAGGUGGCAGCUAUGGCUCUGGAGGAGGCAGCUACGGUUCCUCAGGAGGCCGGGGCUCUGGCUCUGCAGGAGGCAGCUACGGUUCCUCAGGAGGCCGGGGCUCUGGCUCUGGAGGAGGCAAAAGCUCUGGCUCUGGCGGAGGCAGCUAUGGUUCCUCAGGGGGCCGCGGCUCCAGUUCAGGAGGAGGAGGAGGCAGCAGCUCUGGUGGUGGCUCUGGCGGUGUCAAGAGCUCCAGUGGCAGCUCUAGUGUGAAGUUUACCUCUAGCAGCUAUUCUACAGUAGUCAAUUAAAAAGUUGGAGCUCCCUCCCCUGCUAGCCAUCCCUCUUUAGAUCGUCCAAACAUCACCAUGUCUCAGUUCAUUGUCAAUCAAUUCUUGAAGUCCCAAACUCCAACUUUUCUUGAGGAAAAUAAAGUGAUGGGCUCCAGAAGUUCAUCUUCUCUUCCUAGACCCCUUUAAAGUCCUUUCUCUCACCUUGCUUCCUAGAGGUUUUUGUGAGUUAUCCAACCAAUGGCACCUCACCCCCAUGACUUUGACCAAAGCUCAUCUCUGUGGGUGCAUGGGGAGAGCCACUGUUGAUCCUGGCCUUUUAGAGCCAUGUUCUCCCUCACCUUCCCUUCUGCUGGCUAUUCUCUAUCCUGGUCUUCAUCACCUAGCUUGCCCUCUUCCUGUGUCUUGAAUGGUGAAGACAGUUCUGGGUAUGAAAGAACACUUCCCUUGGUCAGUCAUGAGGCUGUAGCCUGAAAAAUCCACCCAACAUCACUGCCCUCUCUACAUUUCAAAAGCUUUUCCCCAAGCCAAGCAGAAGGAGAGACCUUUCAAUCUAGCACUUUUGGGGAGUGUGUCUCCAUACUACAGCAACAAAUUCUGUGUUGGUUUUACUUUUUUGUUUUGUUUUAUUUUAUAUAAGGUGUAAGCUGGUUGGUUGACUUUCCUGCAGGAGGUCUCAAACUCUCUCCAUUUUCUUGUGUU